AUGACCUAUUAUUGUUGGCACGAAAUGGAGGAUAUUGAUGAAGAAUAUCAUCGGGACACGCAGGAGACGCUGGCCGUCCUUGACAGGCUGGACCUGGACUCGGAGAAGCCAUCGGACGAGGAGAUGGCCCGCAAGUUCGGGUUCGAGGAAGACUACUUCAAGGGUACAGUGUCCUGGUGGCAGCGACUCAAGCCCCAGCUCUGUUGCGGUGAACUGUCCCUAGCCCUCACCGCGGACUCCCGAUUACCGGCAUAUCAGGGCGUUUGA